AUGAGUCUUUCCUCAGAAGAAGAAGAUGAACCUGUUUCACAAAAGCCUAAACCAGCAACAUGUGAAAAAGAGAAAAGACAGGAGUACCCUCCUGCCUACAUGGUUUUCCCUUCAAAGGAAGAAACAGCCCCAGAAUCAGCAAUGUUUUCUAAAUCAACCUCAGCCUCUGAAUCAGACUCAGAACCAUCAGAGUCUUCAAAAAGUUCACCUGAAACAGAAACAGAUUCCAAUAAGUCUGAAGAAGCAGACGAUACCAUGGACAUCACACAACUGCUAAUGACUACCUCUACAGGAUCCAAUGAUCAACAGACACAGACGGAGAUGGGAGAACCCACACGGGAAUCACCCCCCAUAAUUGAAGAACCCCUUGAUGUUCAGCUUAUAGAGAUACAACCAGACGGAAGAACCAAAGCUUCAACGUAA